CCACACAAAAAUUAGUCAACAGCUACAGCAGAUAGAUGGCGCACUUCUACUUUUGUGGAGUAGCCAUAUGAUCGUCAUUUCGUUCGCAGUCGGAUGGUUUGUUUGCAUUUUGCCUGCACAAAUAAACACAAUGUCAGAAUUGUCUGGCAGGUAAAGAAACUUGAGUGACAUCGCACAGGAAUUUCCUCGUAUCGAACUGGAGCUUGAUGCCUAGCCUGCAAACUCCAGCAAUACCUGAGAGUACAAUAUUCAAGUGAUGUUUCAAGGCUCCAAAUCGGCACAGUAUUAUUCCUACAUGUAGAAUGAGAGAAACCAAUUUCUAGCCUAGUGUGCAGUAGGCACCCUGCGUUCCUCAGACAUGACGGAGAAGCUUUUCAAGGUUAUUCUGGUUGGUGAUUCGCUGGUAGGCAAGACUGCCUUUGUGCAGCGAUACGUGCACAGCAGAUUUGAUGAGAAUUACAAGGUGACUGUUGGAGUUGAUUUUGCAUUGAAGAAGAUCCAAAGAUCAGAGGAUGAGCUGAUCCGAAUUCAGCUCUGGGAUAUUGCAGGAGGCUGCAGUGCACUAUUCUCGGAUGGAUAUAACGGCCAGGAACGGUUCAGCAGUCUGACCAGAGUGUACUACAAAGAUGCCUCGGCAUGCGUCAUCAUGUUUGAUCUCACCUCACCUAAGACGUUCAAGAGUGUCGUCAGGUGGAAGAAUGACGUCGAUUCCAAAGUCUUCCUGCGAGAUAUGAGCCCUGUUCCUUGUCUCUUAUUAGCAAAUAAGUCGGAUCGGGAUGAUCAACGCGUAACGGAGGAGGAGAUCAAACAAAUGUCUCAGGACCACAACUUUGUAGGAUGGAGCAAGAUCUCCGUCAAAGACAAUGUCAAUGUAGAAGAGCCUAUGCUGUUUCUAGUUGAGGAGAUUCUAGCGAGGCACCAGUCUAGAGGUCGGGGGUCAAUUAUCGCCGAGUUCACAGACGACGACGGGAGGAUAAAACUGCCCCACAGUUACGACAAGCAGAGCAAGUGCUGUUGGCUUUUAUAACAAAGUAGUCAGGCAAUGUGAACUCAAGUACGAGCUGUUUGCACAAAGCACCAUCCUCUCAAUAGAGAAAGAAUGGUUAGAGACACUUGAGCAGAGCUGCAAUCAAGUUAUCAAAAGUUAUCAUAAGUCAAUCACAAGUCAUUAUUAGUCAACUACAAGUCAUUAAGUCUGUGGUCUAGUCACACUCCAUUGCAGUGAACGACAUUCCAUUUUGGGAGAAUGAUUUUUUAAGCGGUAGGCCUACCUCGGGGAACCUCAGGGUUCAACUUCAACCUCGGGGUACCUCAGGGUUCAACCUCAACCUUGGGGUUCAACCUCAACCUCGGGGUUUAACCUCAACCUUGGGGUUCCUCAUGGUUUA